GUAUACUUACGCGACGUUGGCGAAACACACGCACUUCAGAGUGUGGCUCAAGCGUCUCCAGCCGGGAUUUGCCCCGACAGUUUUUGUCAUAGCGUUUUUCGCGGACAAGCACUUCAGAGACGGGAAGAGAUCAUCGUGUCUUCGGAACAGGAGAAUCGAUUGCUAGAGAUUGACACACAUACUACGACGGCUGGGGGGGGAUUCGAGAUCAGAGACACAGUGCCUCACGACUACGACGAGAGAUGGACAUCUUUUCGCUUCACAUGUAGACCGCCAAGGCCAGGGCAGUGCAGGAUCACAGUUGCCGAUGAGGAGAGUUUCGCCUAUGAGAGUUCCUUUGGAUCAGCUGGAAAAUGAGGCUGAUGCAGUGAAAGAGGAGUUGAGACAUAUCAAACAUACACUUCGAAUGGAAAGCAGGAAAGCAUGGUCCUGCCGAGUAACGGCGGCGACGACACCAAGAAGGAGUUCGUCCGCCAGGUCAGGCGCCGCGAGACCGAUGGCGGCGCCCAGUCCGCCCAGAAGAGCUGCGCCGGCAUCGGCCCGCGCAGCAAGUCCCUGCACGUGCUGAUGAUGAAGAUGCUGCUGUCAUUCGCCCAGAGUCAUCGGAACAUCGAGGGGGUGCUGUUCGACGUGCGGAUCGCCCCGGCCGACCCCCCAGAGGUGCUGGAAAUGCAGGAGCAGGGGUCGGCCUACAACGCGCAGGCCCAGGCCAAAGGCAAAGGACACGGGUUUGGAGCGCCACAUGUGCACGUGUUCGAGGGGCUGCUG